CUUGUACGCGCCGGAUUGGACGGCGGCCCGGACACGUGAGCAACUGCCAGCGUGCAGAGCCCGGGCCCCGCCGAUCAUUUCGGCUCGCGAAAAUCCUACGCGCACCACGUACACCGUCGCGCACCCGGCUCCGUAGCCAGUAGCCUCAACGGCGCACUACCGACGACCGACCUGUGGGUACGCGUUUUUACCGGUUUUUUUUUUUUUUUUUUUUUUAUUAUUAUUUUUCGUUUUCUUUCGAUUUUCGACCGUGCGCGUGGCCGGUUUUUUACCGUCGUCGGUGAUAUUGUUUUUUUUGUUCGGCUGCCACCGCCACUGCCGUCGUCGUCCCGUGAAAAUAUUUUAUCGUAAUAGCCAGUUAUUUCAAAUCAUCGCGGGCACCGAUCGUCUGUUACCCAUAUUCGACCAACAAAAUUGAAAAAUCGUCUGUCAAUCUUGGGAUAUAAGUUAAUUAAUAACAAAUCAACGUUAUUCUGUUCUCGCGUGUCACCACUCAACAUGAAGCGGUCGCGACGAUCGUGACUUGGCACGGCAGGGCGUCUCGCGAUUGUGUAAAUGGUGUUUGCGUCCAGGGUACUGUGAUAUGUUUGCGGUUGACACGUGGACGACGACGACGGAGGAGGUGGCUUGCCCGGGCCAGUAUGAGCAUGAGAUGCGGGCUGCAGACACUGCUUGAGGCUGCCCGAUUCGUUGAGUUACAGGAAGAAUUCGAGAAACAACAGUUGGUCACCUUACACGCUGCCGGUAAUUAACUACGAUAACAAUAUUUAAACUAAUAUAUUAUUUAAAUGAAAAAAAAAUUAAAUAAAAAUAAUCAAAAUAUGUAGCGUUCUUUUUGAUAAAGAGUACCAAAUAGUAAUUAUUAUUAUGUUCGGUCACGCAAAAUAUAUAUAAUUUUUUUUACCCGGGCUCGUCCGCUACAGCGUUACUCGUGCGCCCACUGUGUGUGUGUGUGUGCGUAGAACGGUAUAGGAUGGAAGUCAAGGGGGGGAUGCGCAUAUCGUGGUGGGUGGCAGGGGCGCGGAAGAGAGCUGAUCGUGCCCCCCUCCCUGUGUCUUGUUGGGGGCCGGAUGAUAAUAGCGGGGGCAACGAAGAUUCCGUGAACGGAUAGAGAGCGGGCGUGGCAGGGCGCACUGUAUUUGUGGAAUGACCUUCGUCGUCCUCUCACUUGCAACGUGCGACGCGGUACUUUAGUGGCCGGUGGCAGCCGCUGUUGUCGUCGUUAGAGCGUGGUGGAUUCUUGUGUGCACGCUCCAAGAUACCAGUGUCCUGAAGGUCACGUGCUGCGGGAAAACUCGCCCUCUCCCUCAUUGGUCUAAGCACACGCGCGCGUUUGUGCGUGUAAACAUUUGCCACAUGGCUCCCCCACCCCAGUCGCCCACAUGCGCAUUUUCCUCUUCCGUCAAAAAUACAUACAUUUUUUUUUCUAAUUCAAUUACUUAAGUAUAAAAUAUCGCGUGUAUCGGAAUAUUAUGUUGCGCGGUAGUAAUUUUUAGCCGUCGUGUUGGCCAUCCUGUUAGUAGCACACGGUCGACCACGUGGAGUUUGUACUUGCCUGGCCGUGUCCGUUGUCGUCAAUGUGAUUUUAAUAUUACUAUUAGUAUUAUUAUUAUUAUUAUCAUCAUCACUCCCUUCCCCUCUUUGCUACGCGUGUUGUAGUUGUGGACGUGCGUGUGUAAUACACGCGGUGCCGUGAGAUCGAUUUGAAAUGGAAACGUAACGCAAUUAUUACGCUUUAUUUUCGGUUUUAAGUUUUUAUUUUCAUUUGAUUCAAUACUGUGGACGCCCCACUUCGAGCUGUUCCCUUCAGUCCAUCAUACCUGUCUUACCUGUUUUGUAAUAUACAUACGGUUCAAACAAAGUCGUAUUUUGAACACCAGUCACAAAAUCAUACACCGUGUAAGCAUGUGGUGUCCUCCGCGACAGCAGUGUGGGUAUCUAUUUAUGACCCACUCGUUUUCGUAGAUAUUUUUUGAAUUUUAUUCGUUUGUCGUAAAAAAUAUACCAUUAAUCGACUGAGGUGAAAGUGCGAACCCUGGUUGCCGUAACGCCAACUAAUUGGUUCUUAAUUUUCCAGCACUCGUUCCGGUCUUGGUUGGCGAACCUGGGUUUCCCCAGCCAACGUUUCCCCCCCAGAUGCGCCGACUGUCGAUGUUCCGACCAACAACUAUGACCAAUCACUCGAUCUUCUCUGUAAUUUACUAUCCAGUAAACGUAUUGCUUUCGACGUCUCCCCCCACGCGGUCGUUAUGUCAUCGACACCGGUCGGAGAAUUAUUGGCAAAAAAUUAAUCCACUAGAUAACAUCGUCAAAAUGUUACCAUGAAAUAAUAUUAUGUAUAGAUUUUAUUUAGGAAUACUUGUUCAAAUAUUAUUAUAAUGUUUUUGACGAAACGUCAUCGUGUUUGAUUAUUAAAUCUUUAACAAAUAUGAAUACGAAUAUUAAUGGUAUUACGUAGUACAGUGUGACUGUAUAAUUAAAAAUAUCAAUAAUCAUCGAUAGUUAUUAUUAUUAUUGUUCGUGGACGCCUUGGAUUCCUAAUUAUCUAUCGAAGAUACACUGAUAAUUAUUUGUGUUUUUUUUUUUUUUUUUACUUUAAUUUUUAUGUACUUUUAUGAGUUUUAUGGUGUAGUACGUACUUUGCCCAUAAAUUAUAUAAAUAUUACGAUAAAUAAUUAUUCGACUCUGAAUAUCCGAAGAAAAAAAUAUUGUUUUAUCCAUUUAUAGCUGUAUUUAGAAAUUAAUAAAUCAUAAAAAAAACCUCAAAAUACGACACGUUUCAUAAUCGAGAAAAACGUACCGGUGUUCACUGUACGUCUGUACCGAUGACUAAUGAGUACUCGCGAGUACCUAAUGAAUAAUAAUAAAUUAUUUGAUUUAAAAAUAUUAAAUAGUGAUACUUUUUUUUUUUCUUACGCAGUAGGUGGGACUGAUAGGUAUUGUGCGUAUGUAGAUAUUAUAUAUUUUAUUCAAAAUCGUAUAUCGUACAAUAUUCGCUACCUGCCUAUAAUAAUAUAAAUGAUUGCUAAUAUAAAUGGUGCCAACAUUAUUUUACUCGAUUAAAAUCGUCGUGUAUUACGGGUUAAACUUUUUUUGGGGUUCGGUACCUUAAAUAGCAAAAAUGGAACUCUUAUAAUUUCGUCACGUCCGUGCGUCAUAGGUUUACGCGUAUUAUAAUUUUUCCGCGGACUUCGAUGCAAUUAUACAAAAAGGUGUCCAUGGUGAGCAAUCCAUGAUAUAUAAUCGUAUAUAAUUUGAAAAUUUUAUUUUUCGUGUUUCCCGUCGUCGAAAAGGUCGUUAGAAAUGCAUUAAAGGUUUUUUAAUGCGACAUUUUUUUUUUUUCUGUUUGUUUGUUUGUACACAAAUGCAUUUUUUGCGGCGUAAUAUAAGUUUUUAGAGUCGAUGAUAAUAUGUCAAUUUUCCGACCGUGCGAUUAAAAAAUCUGAACAAAUUCAAGAAAGUAACACUUAGUACACACUUACAACGGCAAUAUUAUUUCGCGAAAAAAUAUUAAAUAUUAGUUAUGUCAAUAUUCAACAAAAUAUGUUAAAAUAUUUAAAUAGAUAUAGACAUAACUACAGAAUCCUAAGUUCGACCGUGGAUUUUUUUCGGGGGUGGUCACAUUUACGCGGGUUAUUUAAGACGGCGAUAUGUUCGACGAGAGUAAAACAUAUCAUUAAAAUGUUUCGGUGAGAUAUUUAUUUUCCCAAACGUACCGAUUUGUUUGAUAAAAUGUUGAUGGGUUCGAUACCAGCUCAAAUGCAUGUCUUUGGAUACCUUAGGCCCCGUAGGAUUGUCCGAUUUUCAAUAUUAUUAUUUUAUUUUUUGGAAAGAUAAGGACUUUCCGCAGACUGCAUUGAACUGUUUUGCGAUAUUUCUAUCUCAAACUAUAUAAAAAAAAAUCGCUCAAAAAUCAAUCAAUCAAAUACAUAAAAUUUCCUACAAUUCUUUAAAAUUUCCCUAGCUACGCUCAGAAUCUAAAAGAAUUGUAGCGAAAUAUUAUGUUGACAACGAGUUAACAAAAUUCUGUCGAAACCAUUUCUGUCCCGCAAUCAUCCCCCCUUUAAUAAGUAUCAGUCAGUAGAUUAAUAGAAAAGUCUAAUUUUUUAGAUGAUCAUUAAAAUGUUAAAAAUAAUUUUAAAAUUUUACAAAAUUGGAGAAAAUUGGGAAUUCCGGCUUUCUGCCCACUAAAAUAUUGUCACUAAUUAACUUCUACUAGCGUGAAUUAUUUUAAUUUUAAAAUAGUAAAAAAAUACCGUUUCUUCCGGGUUAAUUUUAUUAAUGCAAAAUUAAUUUUAGUUUCAAUGUUGGCAACUUGGCAAGCAUCUAACUUUUUGUAAUAUCCGAGCUGGAUAGGAAGAAAACACGGUUUUACAAUUAUUAUAAUUUGUGGUUGCCUUUUUUAGACAUUUUAAUUGAUGUUAUAAAAUUACUCUAAAAGUUUCGUUAAUUGGAAAUAUAACAAACCUAACUUAUUAUAUUGUGAUUAGUAUUUUAUACCGUAUAGGUAACCAUUAUUUGAAUAUAAAUGACGUUUCAAACGUCUUGUUUUUUUUUUUGUUAUUAACAUGUACAUAAUUCUAGUAGUCAAGUAAAUUAUUAUGAAAUGUCUGAUACUUAAAAAAAAAAAAAAAAAAAAUUAUGCCUAUUGUUUAACUAUAAAUUCUAUCGUUCAAUUGGUCACACAAUUAAAUAAUUGAUUUCAAUUAUUAUAAACGUAUUUUUAAAAUUAAAAUUUUUAAAAACGGGUACAACGCAUGGGCUACCUGUUUUAAAUAUUGAAUAGCGAAGGUAAAUUAUUACGUUUGAAAAUGCGUUUCUCAGAAAAGCUCAUCAUGUUGACAGUUAUUCGAAAGUUUAGCGCUAUAUUUUAAGACAUCGAACUAAGAAUUUCGAAAAAUAUUUUCCGAUCGGGGCAUUUUUUUUUUUUUUGUGAGUAACACUUAAUUAAAAUGUAUUUAGAUUGAUUUAUAUUAAUUAUUCCAGUGUUCAAAAUAAAAACAUCUACUGCUAAAUUAAGUUUUAGAAUAGUGUGGUAUUUUAUAAGCGAGGUAGUGCAUUGUGUGUUUAGAGACCAAGGUGGUAGCGUGCAGGUGGUUAAAACCACUGGUCUGAUUGCCCAGAAAAAAAAAUGUGUUUUAUAUGAUAAAAAUAAAUAGGCCCGGCUUUCGGUGUUCAAUUAACUAUUCUAAAAUAUACUAUAGAAAGUCGUUUAGUAUAUUUUUUAUCGCCUUACUGACUGCCGUGUUCGUUUCCUUAAACGCAUUAAUAAAGGGAAACGCACACGCUGUAUGAAUAAAAGCGCUUUGAUCAUUUUGGAAUCAAAAAUGGCAUUAUAAAUAUCUAAAUUUGUAAUAAACCUAGACUUUCCGGAUUUGUUUUUGAAAUCCGACCAUUUACCGUUGCCUUAGAACUUUUUUUAAUAAUAAAAUAAUUGUACUCGUGGCUAGACGAGUGAUACAUAAUCAAUUUUAGAUUUUAGGCGAAGUGAUGGAUGUAUUAGUUUUACCGCUAUGACGGCGCGUAUAUGUGAAUCAUGGCUUUUCUUUUUUUUUUAGCCACGUAUUCGAAUUCAAAACAAGGUUCACCUUAAGUUAUGUUUUCUGCGAUAUAAAACAAUGUUGAGCGUGAUGUCGUAAUUUAUUUUAAAGACAAUUAUGGUACAGAUGUAUAAUAGAACUCGUUAAAAACGCGAACCAUCUUAACUUUUUAGUGUAAAUUAUUUUUAAAUUUAAAACAGUUUUCAAUUUAAAUGAUCGUAAAAUGUCACUUCGAACACGGCUCAAAAUCGUUUUUCUUUUGCAAUGAUUCAGCAUUGUAUUCCAGUGUAUUAUAUACUUAAAUCCUAACUCUUCGAUGAAAUAUCCCGACUUUUCAACUUACCAUCAACGGAUAACAGCUGUUGUUUCAUGAACCGCAUCAUGGUUAUAAAUGAAUAAUAAGCGUAAUGCUUAACAAUUUAUUGUUAUUAGUUAUUGUGAUAAAAGUAUAGUUUUGCUGAUAAAAUGAAAAUCCCUAAUGAUUGUAUGAUGACAUUUCUAUUUUCCCGACAAAAGAUAACAGCAUGCAACAGUUAAUACUACCCCUGUUCAUACUUUAAUAAUAAAAAACAGGUGCGUUGCGGGUGUUUUGUACAUCGUCGUUACGUAUACCGUACAAGGUACUGCUCAUGGGCAGGCCACUGUUUUAGAUAGGAUAUUGAAAAUGUAGAAUAUAUAGGAUAAAAAUCAAAAACGAUUCUGAGUGAAGUUUAAUGUGUAUCAUAUUUUGAUACGAUUAUAUUUAUUAAAAAUGCAUGGUAAAAUAAUAAGUGUUCAGAAAAUGGAUUUGAAUUUAGCAUAGUACUAUUUCAAAUUUGGAAAUGUAUACAAAUAUAUAAAAAAAAACUCAAAAUUAAAUUUAAAAAAAGUGGUCUAACCGAUGUUAUGUACGUCGUACAAAUUACACUGAGGGAUCCGUACAGCGGACUUCCGAUUUUGAUAACAAAGAGAUAUCAUAAAAAUCCAAUUUCCGGAGAUCGGUUACGCCAACCUUAGAAUCAUAAAUUUCCUGCACAUGAAAUAAAAUUCUAUCUGACGUGGUUUUGCAUAAAAAAAAUCGAGCGUUUAUUUAAAUAUGGAUAAAAAAAAAUUACGCUUUCGGGCUGUUAUCAUUUAUCUGUAAUCUGUAUUAUCUGAGAUUUACCCGUUCCCUUGUAAUAAUAAAUAGUUAUCAGAAUCGGGAGUACUUAACUCGUCCCUUUCGUUAAAUUCUCACCUGUUAUCAACAUUUUUAUUUCUUCAGUACAUCGAUUAAAACAAACAUAAACCAAAGAAAAUCGACAGAAUCUUUAUCCUUGGGGGAUAUUUUUUACGGUAAAAACUAUUAUUAAGACGUGUCAAUUUCAAUAAAAAGGUAGUUAAUUUUUGUAAACGAAAAAAUAUUAAAAUAUGAAUUAUUAAUUUUUUGUUGAUGUUCGAAUAAAUUUGAAUACACGUUCAAUUUAUAAAACACAUACUUGCAUAAUAUUUAUGUAGGUAUAUAAUAACUUUGUAUAAAUAAACGUGUUGAACCACUAUGAGAAACCGGACAACCUUUAUAACAAUUUUUGUCUAAUUUUGUACUAUACAGUGUACCUACGUUUUUUUGAUUAUUAUUAAACACCCGUCUGUUUAGCACAAUUUUACUACACAUAAUGAGUAAUGACUAAUGAUACCUACUUAUUCUUCUAUUUAUUAUAUUGGUAUCAAAGAUAAAAUUAAUAUUUAUUUAUUUAUUAUUGUAAAAUAAGAUUUAUUAAAGUUUUUGCGAGUUAUAUGGACAGUAAUAACAGUGAGUAUAUAAGUCGUAACUAUGGAUUUAUCGCGUAAUGUAACAAGAACAAUUGUUUGAUUGUUAUUGAACAAAUUAUAAAGUUUAGUCGAAUAAUAUAUUGUUUCGUAACAUUUUUAAAUAAAUGUGUCCGCUAAAAUUGAAUUACAAGCAAUGAAUUUAAGUCUAUAUCUGCAGAAGGGCCAACGUCAAAAAAAAAAUAAAUUAUAAACAAAUAAUAUAUUACAAUAAUUAUAGACUUUACGUUAGAUCAAUGUUUCCCAGCCUGUGGAGCGCGCUUCUAUGGGGGGUGACGUGAACACAUUGCAGGGGAGCCGCGAGCAUUUACAUUUAAAAAUUAAUGACGACCGGUAACCACGUAUCACUAAAGCUAAAAUAAUAAAUUAUAAUCGUAAUCUCUAAGUUUCGUGCCACCGCGCCUCCUGUAAAUAUGUCGUAAUGAAAACAAAACACAAAAAUCGCUUGGUUGUCGAAUCCGACCCAAAGUUAAGCUUUUUAAGUCCUCUUUCCAAUAUCGAACCAAACGUGAAAAAAACGGCGGUCCAUCGCAUAGUGUGGUCAGCCAUCACAUUAAUAUUAAUUGGUAAUUUAUUAUUAUUUUUUACUAAAUUAUAAAAUUGUAUUCACAUUACACAUUAGGUAACAACUUAUUACAUAAUUUCAUUAUUAUUAUUAUUAGUCAUUUGUAAAAGGGGCGUAGAAAAAAAAAAAUAUUGGAAAUCGCGCUGCUUUAGAGUUUUUGAAGUUUUAGAAAUAAAUUAAUUUUUUUGCAUCAAGCCACAGAUAUAAUAUAAUAUUUUAUACUCUUAUUCUUUUUAAUAGUAAUAGUGCACUAUUGUUAUUAUAAAUAUAGUUAGUUAAGUAAUAUAUUUUACAUUAAUAAUAUAUUGUUUUUGAUUAUUUAUGAAAAAUAUUAGAAUCCUAUGUAUAUAGUAUACAAAAACCAUAUAAUAACACGGGCUUUUUAACUUAAAACAUUAUUAGAAUUUUUCAUUUAGAUUAUACGAUGGUUUUUUUUUUUUCAUACUAUAGUUAACGUAUCAAAUGUAUUAUUAUUAAACAUUUUCGCACAAGUUUACACGUCAUAUUUUUUAUAUGAUUUUAUCGUAAAAUGUAAAUAAAUAAUAUUGUGAAUUUGUUUCGUAUUGACAUUAUGGGUAUAAUAGGUACCUCGAUUUAUAAUAUAGGCGCUGAUAUUUUAAUAUAACGAUAUUUAAAAGUUUGGUAAAGCUAACACGCCAUAUUAUAAUAUUAUAUACUCCGAUAUCAUUAUAUUAUAUUAUAUGAAUAAGUGAUGGGGAGAAGUGGGCGUUUGUACGUUAAUUUUGGUGCGCUGUCUUUUAAAAAUGUUUUGAGUAGAACUCGAUUCCGUACGUUUUGUACCUGAGAUUUUAGUGCAGUGUUGCCGGAUUUCUAUAAUAUUACGUAGGUAUUUGCCCAUUAGUUAUAGUGUUUUACGUAGAUAAUUCUUAAUUAUUAUAAAAACAUGUAUAUAACGUACAACAGCGUUAAAAUCGUUAUAUAUCAGAUAAGUUUUUAUUGUAUCAAAGAUAAUAUAUUUUAUUUUAACUAUCCUCGUAGUACGUUAUAAUGUGUUUUUAAGGGACAAUUACUUAUAUUACCUAAUCUCCAUAAAUAUCUUUUUUAAAUUUAACUUUGACUUUUUCAAGUUCAAAAACUUUUUUAUAACGUUAUUAUUUAAGCAAAUUAAAUAAAUUGGCAAUAAAUAAUAGCAAAUGGCAACAUUUCCUGGAAAAUCGUACGUAAUCGUAUUUUUUUAGGUCAUUUUGACAAUCCAUUGUUUGAUCAAAAUCGAAUGGAAUCGUUUUUCCAAAAAAGGUAAAACGUACGAAAUCAUGAUUUACCGAAUAUUUUUGAGGCCUUUUUAAUUUUGAAUUGAUUUUGGACCUGUUAUAAUGGCCCCUUUUUUUAAAAACCACCUCCUAUUAAGUGGAUUUUGUAAAAUGAACGUCUAUUAAUAUAUGUGUACCUAUUUAUUUUAAAUCAAGUUAAGUUAUCAAAAUGUUUUUUCUUCAGAAAACCUUUUUCGGUUUAUUAAAAUAAUCCAAAUUAUUAGCAUCGUACAUUGAUUAUUUUUUUUAAAUUUGUUGGUUACCUUGGUUACAAAAGUAAGCCAAGACUUAAUACUAUUCUGCUCAGAAUUCCUUUUUUGAUUACAAUGAUCCAUCUAAAUAAACUAAAUUAUUACAUUACUAUAUAAAACUUUAUCGUAUAAUUUUUAAAUUUCUCAGCGACAACCUUGUCGUAUCCAUGGUGCGAGGUACGCACGCUAUUUUAGUUUUUGGUAAUAAUUAAAAAAAAAAACAUCUUUUUGUUUUUAUGAUAAAUUUCACACAUCUUUGAAAAUUUAGUAAAAUUUUUGUCCCAUAUUUAACUGAAUAUUUUGCAAUUUUUGUGCGAAGUAUUUUUGAAGUCAUCCGUUACGAUACGAAUUCGUACAGGUAUUAAAAUACCGGGUUUAAAACAUAUUAUCAGUAUAUUUUCUGUUAUAGGACUGCAAUGUAUAUUAAAUAGAUAAUGUGUCAUACGCCUUUGAUAAACGUAUACAAUUAGACAGUAAUAAUAAUUAUGGAUUUUUUACUCGAACAAUCACUUUUUAUUAAUACUAAAUUACGUGUUUGAAAAAUUAAUAAAGAUUAAAGUUAUUUUGUAAGUAUCCGUUCGAAAAUCUGUUGUUUCGGCGUAGAGGUCGUACAAUUUUAUUUUCGAACAGAAUGACUCUGGAGCAGUGACGGAAGUUUCUUUUUUAGUUCAGUGCAAAGUCCAAACUCAUUUUUUUGUAUUCUUAAGUUGAAAAUAUCAAUUUAUUUAGUUCCCUUAGGAAAAUAUAUUAAACAUAUUAUAAAGGUUUCCUCGAAGCUAUAUUAUAAUAUAUAGUACGUACAAUUGAAAAAUACAAAAAUUAACGAAGAUUUGCGUUUGCGAUCCUUUGUUCCUGGUAAUUUUAAAUGUUCGUUCUCAAUACUGCGCUGUAUUAAAUAUACUGUAUAAUAUUUUGUAGAAUAUUAAUUUUCAACUAGGUAACACGUCAUUAUACCGUAUACUAUUAUGACGUCAUAGGCGCGACUAAGGUACACAUUCUGGGGGGGGGCUGCUUUACAUUCAUUUGCUUAAAUUUUAAAAUAUAAUAUUGUACCCAUAUUACAUUUUUGUAAUCAUAAAAACAAAUACAAUUAAUAAUUAAUUAGUAUAAAAUAUUAAUAUAAUAUCUAAAUGACUAUAUUCGUCGUAACUGGGGGGGGGUUGAUAUUUGGAAACCUGGAGGGACUAAGCUCCCCGAGCCCCCACCCCCUCCCCUAGUUGUGCCUAUGUAUGACUUAUAUACAUCGGAUUAGUAAUAAUACUACCAAUGGUUAACUACACUAAUCUAAAUACCGUAGAAACGCUAUAUUUAUUUUAAAUAUUACUGUUCAUGAUAUACAUAUCGUAUAGCGGGGAACAUUCUCGUACUCUCGGAAAAUAGUAAAUACGAUAAUUUGUUCGGCGAUUAUUCGGAUUUUCUGAAUAAUCUAUGAGCCAACCGCCGCGUAUUUAUAAUGGAAAAAAAAAAAGAAAAAGAAAAGAGAACACGCCGUAGUUGUAUAAUAGACGUUAUACAAUAAUAAUAUUAGUAUACGUUUCGCGUGUACGGGGAAGCCGAUCUCGACACAAGAUCUCUCGGCGUAACGAUUCGGUAAGAUUUUCGUCGGAGAACGGCUUGUCCGGCGCGAGUAUUUGAAAUAUUACACUCGUGUCCAGGCAGCCGAGACGCGCCAAACACGCGCGCGCGAGCGCUAGAGUAAAUCGAUAUCGACAUUGGAAAUCGAAUAAAAUAAUGCACGAAAUUAAGUAACGUGCCGUCGACGGAUUUGAAUUUCAGUCUCCGUGUGGAAAUUGUUAUUUUUACCGUCGAAUUUUUCGCAAUCCCGCGGAAACCCGCGCGCUGCGGCAACGCCGUCGCCGUCUACAAUAUUAUAAUAUUAUUCUAAACCUAGGUGUUUUGUUAUGCGCGUUUUCCUCGGUAGAUAAACGAGAAUAAAAAAAUAGCUAUCCCAUUCGUAUUGUAUAGUAUAACACACAGCAGAAAUAUCACCGUCGCCCUUAGGUUGACGUCACAACAUCGGCGAUGGCCAGUGCUCAUUUCAAUAACGCUCGCGGCGUCCACCAAAAUACUGUUUUCCCGGCGUUCCAUACUCGCGUUUAAUAUUUAUUUUCGGCUCUCUUGACCAUAGUAUUAUUCAUUUGUCGACGUGUCAUUUUCAUUUUUGUUUGGUUUUUUUUUUUUUUUUUAUGUCUACAAUACUGUUCGUUAGGAAAACAAUAGAUAGAAACAAAAUUAAUUUCAUAUCAUCGAAAUGUUUUUUUUCGUCCGCUCUCUAAAUACUCCUAAUAUUAUUAUUAUAAUAGUAAUAAUCUUAUAGAAAGCUAAUGAACGUGUCACAGGAGGUGUUUCGGUCGAAAGAAACGUCGCGGUGGGAGUGCUUGGUGGUCGGGCAAAGCUAUGUGUUUCGCGGCGGCGGCGGCAGCGGGCCGGGCGGAGGGAACGCCGCGCACGAUGUCGAAGCACAUGGGCUCGGUUAUUGUUGUUGCGCAUGUUCUGCCGCCAGUCACUACUGCCGUCCGACCGACGUAACUGCGAGCAACACAACACGUUGUUGUCUGCCGCGGCUGGCGUCGGCGGCCGGCGUGCACGCGCUCACACGCACGCACUCAGGCACCGUUCGCGGCCGCCGCCGGGAUUUCGAGUAAUCAAUGCGGCGUUGCCGGUUCGUGUACUCCCGCUGCACUAAACCCGGCAACCGUCGAGUCGUGACCGUUUUUCAAGUGUGUACAAUAAUAAUAUUAUAUAUGUAUAUAUAUAUAUAAUAUUAUUAUUAUUAUUGUAAGACAUCGCUGCUUGCGUGUGUGCGGCGAGCAGGCGUUUGCGUUCGCCAACUCGUUUUCUGCGUUCUGCGGCCAAAGUCGUGAACGCCGCGGCCGGUCUAGUAGUAGUUGGUCGGGAUUCGGGAGAAGCCGCCGGAACCACGUUGGUGUUGUUCGGGUUUUUCCCUUCCUCUUCUUCUUCUUCUUCUUCUUCUAGCUGCUCGUCCGCUUGCUGUUUGCAAGAACGGCCUGUUGGAUACGCCGCCGCUCCGGGUAAAGGGGAAGUCGCGAUGGCCGAGUAGGGGAAACGCGCGCGCAAAUCAUCGGCGGUCGCUGCCCGGGGGGCAGGUGGAUUUGUUGUCGCGUCGCGGUAUUGCGCAUACAUCAACAACUAUAAUAAUAUACGUCCGUUACGGUAUUGUAAUAACACGGUACACUGUUGUGACGGUGGUACGCUAUGCGCAGUGUCGGUCUCCCCCCCCUUCCACCGUCUGCAUAAUAUGAUUUUUUUAUGUUUUUUUUUUCUGUUAUUGUUUCUUCCGUCCGGAGUAAACGAAUAUAAAAUAACAACCCUUUUACUUUCGACGGGCGGGCCGGGAGAGGAGAGACCGUGGCGAGGCGAUCCUUUAGGCACGACUACUUUUAUUCUUUAUUUUUUUUUUUCUGGUCGCCUUUUGAUUUCAAAACUUCACUUUGGCGUUUUGUCAAACUGGCACCGGUUUUAUUAAAAAAUAUAGCGGAACUUUAACAUCACCACUGUCGUAACUCCCCGCCGAUCGGGUGGUCCGUGUCGAGAGUACGGCGGCGUACCGCAGGACUGGCAAAUCAAAAAAAAAACCCGAUAAAAAUACAAAUUUACCAACUUUUAAUUAUUGUUUAUUUAUUUUUCGAUUAAUUUUCCUGGCGUACGAAAAUGUGAGAAAAAAAUUAGAAUUCGUUAUAUUUAGUAAUAUUUUAUAAUUGUUUAUAAUUUAUUAUUCUAGUAGGUUUUUUUUCUCCGGUGCCCAAAAAACUAAUACAACUGUAAUUAUAACGACGCGGAAGACUGAGAGCUAGGUAAUCAACAACUAAUCUGAUAAUAUUCGUCUGUGCAAACAUUACACCAUGUCGUAUAUCUAAUGUCUCAGUCGCUGUUAGUGCGUGUUAUUAUCGUGUAACAAUUGUUGACAAUGCGGAUGACUAGAAAAAAAAACCAUUUACCGUAAAGUAACGUGUUGGCCUUAAAACUGCACGUAUCAUUAAUAAUAAUAUCAUUUUACUUUUUUUCUCUGUAGCGUGCAAUAUAACGGCAAAGGCAUUUCGCACUUCCACUGGGACUCUCGAGUUUUGGGAAAAAGAAACUAUUAUACGUUUUAAAAAGAAAAGUAUUAAUAUUUGGUUUUUACGAAUGAUUUUGUAUAAAUAUGUUCGUUUCAUAAUUAGUUAUAAAAAGUUAAAAUUCAGAAAAAUUAAAACCCGCAUAUGAAAUUAAUUCAAUCAAUUUGCUAAUCGAAUUUGAAAUUAAAAUUCUGAUAAAAAAAAAUUACUACAUUACGCUCAAUUUUUUUUUUUUAUUAUUAUUAUUUUUUUAUUUUUUUUGAUUAUCAAUUACAGCAUAAUAAACGAAAAAAGUUCGCUAGUCGUUUUUUGGUCGAAAUAAUAUUUCUGUCUGAACAUACACAAAAAAACAUUGAUAAAAUAUCUUCUAUACAAAAAUUGUAUAAUUAGUUCGUUUGCCCUAAAACUCGUUCGGAGAAUCGUAAUUAUUGUGGACGUGCGAAAUGUAUAAUAUGUUAUAGACGAGAGACGGAUAGAUAAUAUUUCUCCGGUCCCAAGGAAGAAGGGCUUAAGUCAACUUUUCGGCAUACUUAUGUGCGAACGCCACUAUACGUGUACUCGGACGAAUGCCUGCAUUUAGGCUAGGCCGUUUAGCGAUAUAAUAUUAUUUCGUUUAACAAUAUUUUCAAAAUGGAAUUCGCUCGUAUUGACAACUGUAGAAAACCGGCUUUCGCGGACCGAAAUAUAUUGCGUCUGCCGAGAAAACAAAAUACGUAUACCUUUUAUAAUGUUUUUGGUGACGAGACUCCCGAAACGUUUUCCCGUACACAUAUAUAAUAUAAUACCAUUGCAUUACGCUCGAACGAACAAUUAUCGACACGUUACUAUUUUAUGUAGGUACUCGUGUAUGUAUAUAGUAAUAGUACAUAUUAUAAUAAUAUUGCAGUAACUAUGUAUGCCGUACAACAUAAUAAUAUUAUAAAAUAAAUUAACGUCUGUUACGAUUAUGUCACACGAUGUGAACACGACGAAGGUCACUAUUAUUUAGUUAUUGUGCGUUGGCUCGCCGUUGCAAAAAUACAAUUUAUCGAACGCGCCCAUGUUCCGCUGUCGUUUCGCGAAUGAACAUAAAUAUCGACUCUUACAGUCGAAUAAGUCCGAAACGUCUGGCGUUUGGUGUGCCAAAAAUACGGUGAAAUUAUCGGCCGGUGUUAUUAUGUUAUUUUUUAUUCCACGUUAGAACGCGUCCGCUCCACCCACCCACCGCACCCCCGUCCCCCGUCCACCGUUCCCCCUCCUCGUGCACUUGAAUUUUUUUUUGUUUCGCCCUACAGAACACGAUGAUAUUUUUAUAAAUACUGGAGGUAAACAAUAUCCGUAACGAAAGCGUCGAAAUAGAGUCAUCGUCGAGAAAUAAAAACGCACAAAUUAAAAAUUAUCGAACUCUCGUUUGGAAAAAAACGAAAUAUCAUAUUAUUGUGUUUACCCAUUUUUACGUUGGUGCGCGAAUGUUGCGUUAUUGGUGAGUUUUUUUACGAACAAACCGCUCCGCCUACUGUGGUUUUUUUUCAUGUUAGAUACGCCUCGAAUCAACAGAUGGCGUUACACGAAUACCAUAACGAUAAUAAUAGAAUACACACGUGUCGUCCGAUGAUAAUAUUUGUGAAUACCUACUUAACGUCUUGUAUAAUAUGAAGGUUUACUGCAUUACCGUUUCUUUUUUCCGCGAUUUCCGUUUUUUUUUCUGUUCUGCACGAUAAAAUAUUUAAAAAAAAAAUAUAUAAUACACUACCUAGCUUUUAAGACGCGUUUAUUUUCUGCAAUCUUGCAAAACUGUGUGGGCAGUCUAAAAUAAAUGUAUUUUGAACGCAUAUUUUUCUAAAUAAUAAUAUCAUGUUAAAUUGCUAAUAAUUAAAAACAUUUUUACUAGUCGAUUCUAAGUACACUGAAGAAUCCCAGGAAAAAGCUAAGAUCACGAAGAUGUUUUAUUUCUCGGAACUCGUAUACAGUUGCUAGUUGGUUGAAAUGUGGAUUAUUUAUCUGAUGGUAAUUAAUUUGAAAAAUAUUUCAAAAUUAAUUCACUUAAUUAAACACUUAAUGAAAAAUUGCGUCUUGUGGUUAGAAAAAAAUUGAAUUGUUAGUAUUGAUGCUCUGAUAUUCUAUCGAAAUUAUCGAUAUUUUCAUCAGUGCAUCCCAUAUGUGCUUUUCUUUUUUUGGUUUUUGUUGAUUUCUCGGUUAACUUUUUAACUAUGGAAAAUCACAAUAAAUACUAAAACAUUCAGAAUCGUUUUUCGGUUGAAAUGAUUUACUCUCGGAUUUUUCAAUGCAUAUUAAAAAUUAUUAUCCUAUACCUUCAAACUACCCACCUACAAAAUUUGCGGCUUACCCAUGGUGCGUAAAGUAUGUCCAGUUUUUUAAAUCUGAGUAAAUUCGAAUAAAUCAUCAUGUUAUGAUUUUUUUUUUUUACUAAAAAUCUUGCUCAGAUCAAAUAAUUUUUUUUUUUUGGAAAAUAUUGUUUAGUUGGUGUAUUAUUGUUCUUUGAAGUUAACUUAAUAAUUAUCAAAAAAAUGGAAAAGUUUACGGCAAUAAUUGUUUAUUAUUUUUAUUUAAGUUUUAGUUAUAUUUAUUUAAUAUAAACGUAAAAGUCUAAUAUUCUAAUAGAUUUUUGUAAAAGUUAUAAAAUAUUCAAAACAUUAUGGUCAUUUUUAAGCUAUUCGGAUGAAAUUGUUUUGACCGAAUACAAAUUGUAUACACAAGGUUCAUCAUAAAUUGUUAUUAUAGUGGUAAAUAAAUAAAAAGUUUAGCCUUAUGUAGUAGGUUUUUUUAUAAAGAUUCUAUGUUCGAAUUUAUUUGAUAAUAUGAAAUUCGCAGUGUUUCAAAAUAUUAUGUUAAACUGAACUUCACUCAGAAUCGUUUUUCGUUAACAAUAAUGGAUCGCUGCAUGGGUAUACAUAUAAAAAUUACCCUAUAAUAUUUUAUCCUAUCUUUUCAACUUACUGUAUACAUAACUACAGUGACACACCCAUCAACAGUAUCAGCUUUUUUUUUUAAUAUUCCACCUAUAUAAUUUAACAUGCAACAAAACGUAUUAUUACACUUGUAUGUUUUAGUUUAUACGCAAAGUAGUGCAGUUACAACUGCAGUAUGCAAUAAUAUUUGUGAAACGCGCAUACAUUGUUAUUAUUGUUGAUUUCGAUUGAUUUUCGUCAUUUGUUUUGGAGGUUUAUUGAAACGCUGUGUUGUGUAAUUUUUGGAAAUACUAUACAUUGUUAUCAAACUUUUAAAACGUGAUCCGAUCGUGAGCAAAAAUAUAAUAAUAAUAUUAUAUCAGAUUAGCUACCGCCUAUAAAUGUACGGGAUACCUCUCUUAAUAACUGCAACCAUGAUAGGGUUAUCUAUUAUUUGAAUAUAUUGUACUCUGAAGAAACAAAUAUGAAAUGAAAGUAUAAAUUAUUUUGCAGUAAUAUUAUAUUAUUAUUAUUUUAUUUUUUCAAUCGGUGCUUAGAAAAGCAAAUCGUGUCGUCAUAAUUUCAAAGGCGGCACACAAUGAAUAAUAUUGUACGUAUCGUCUGAAUAUUUUCGACAAUUUAAUAUUGCGGUGUUCGCUUAUAGAAGAGAAGACUUUUUUUGUUUUAUUGUGCCGUUUAUUUAAGCGAAAAAUCGGCACACAUAAUGUAUAGCGAUGUGCAAGUUUUUGUGGCGACACGUUUGCAACAAAAAUAAGCUGGUGUUUUGGCAUGACGAACCAAGGCAGGCUUCCAAAAAUGUUCUCCCAUACCUCCCGCCUUUCCUCCCCUUUUCUUAUUUUAUAUUGUUAUGCAGCACUACCUAUACACUUUUGUAUAACGUUAUAAGAUAUAAAAUUAGAAAUUAAAUACUUGUAAUAAUGUUUUUAAUUAAUUAGGUAUAUAAAAUGUAAAUUAUUAUUCUUUAGACGAAAUACAUUUCAUCCCUAUACUUAAAAAUUAUUUAUGGAAUAGGUUAAAACUAUACAAUUUUUUACGUUGAACAAAUUUCUUUUGCAAACAAUUUUAUGUAGGUAUGUAUUUUUAGAAAGAAAAGUUUGUUUUAUAAGAUAAUUAAUUAUAAAUUCGAUUAUUUGGAUAAAAUGUUUUUACAAAAUUGUUUUAUGAAAUUUAAGUUACCGUUAUCAUCCAUAUUGUGAUUUAUUUCUUAAAUAUUCGACCCCUAAAUUUGGUUUGUUCUUUCUUAGAUUCUGAACUAACGUCUUUCAAUAACUUUUCUAGGUAUCAGAAAUUUUGAUCGAUUUUCAAAUGUAGGACUACAGAAUAAACGGAAAAAUGUACGUUUUCUGUUAAUAUUAUUACUAUUUUUUAUAUGUUAUUCGAUUUAUAAUAAACCGGAUUGAUACCUGUAAUUUUCAUAACGUACUUAUUGUUAGUCCUUAUAAAUUAAAUGAGAUUUUUUAAUUUUUAUUUGGUUUUAUGUGAACAAAAUUCUUUUGGGCAAACUAAACUGUUCAAAAAUGUAUCAUUUGAUCCAUUGUAAAUUGUAAUUAGUAAUAAUGAUUUAAAAAAACAAUUUCAAUAGACUUUUUAAGUUAAAAUUUUUUCAAAAGUCGUAAAAAUCAAGAAAUUUCAUAAUAAACAUGUUUUUUUUUUUUAUAAGAAUUUUAAAUUCAAAUAUUGACAAAAUUCGUAAAUAUUACGGUCCUUCGAAACAUAUAUACCUAACUGAAUUUUGCUCAGAAUCGUUUUCGGUUGCAAUAUUCAUCGUUGCGUACAGAUAUAAGUUUAAUAAACCUAUACUUUUUUUAUAUCUUUAUAACUUCCCCCCUCCAUCAGUGGCCCACCCAUGAGCAGUACAAUGAGCACUUGGCAGUCAUACAUUUUUAAAAAAAAAUUUUAUUGCUUAUAACCACGAAUGUAAAAUAAUGAUUUUUAAACAAUUCUAUUAAAUUUACAUUACAUAAUAAUAUGCUUACUAAAUUAAUAUUAUUAUUGUAUAUUAUGCUAAUUUAUGCGAUUUAGGAAGUACCGUUCAUUAUAAAAAUAAUAAUAAUAAUAUUUUUAUUAUUGGAAUUAAUAAUAAUUCUAAAUUUUUAGCUCGUCUUUGUUUGUAUAAUACUUGUGGAAUGUUUGAAUAUGGAGUACAUGCUGCGUUGUAUUUCAUUCGUUAUUAUUGUAAUAUGUUUUAGAAUAGUAUGUUUAAAAAAUCUAAUAUGUAUUACAUAUACACCUAUAUUUAGUAAGCAAUAAAAAAUACAUUAAUAUUACAUCGACAUUUUUGAACUCCCGAAGAAAUGUUAUUGAAUAAUAAAUAAUAAAUUAACAUAGUAUCAUACCUGGGAAUCGAUAUUUUUUUUCGUUAACUAAACUACACAUGUACAGUGCCGGGUUUGGGAAAAAUUAGAAUGGGACGCAAAUGUAACAAUAAAAAAAAAAAAAAAUUGUGCCUGUCAUAAAAUUAAAUUGUUUUUAUGUCCAUAUAUGUUCAGAGCCAGUGAUAGAGAGAAUAACUAUCACUCAAACUUAAAUACUUAAAAUAUUUAGUCGGCAAUUAAACGAUAAUUUUAAUUUUAAGUUCGAUAAAACUAAUAAUUUCUUGAUUAUUAGGGCCCAGAUUUCGAUGCAAAAUGCAUUUUUUUUUGAUUGAUAUCAGAUAAUACUUUCCAAGUACAUAAUUUAAUUCGUGUAACUGAGACUUCAAAGGUGAAACCUUUUUAAAUCAUUUUUCAAUAAUUGUUUUCGUUUUAUUACAUAUUUGUUCAGUAUACGAGUAUAAUAUUAUAUUAGAGUAUUUUUACGUAAUACGACAAUCGAUUAAAUAUAAUCAGUCUAAUACAGCCCCUCAGUCAAUUCUAUCCUCACCAGUGACAAGUCAAAUUUUUCAACUUUCUAUUUUAUUUUUUUUUAUUUUUUUUUUUUCUAAAUAUUAUAAAUUACCCAAUAAAAUAAUAAAUUACACAAAUUCAUAUAUCAUUUUUUAAUGGCAUUUUUCGAUGACUUUUAGUGUAUUUAAAUCCGAGCCCUAAUGAUUAAUAUUGUAUUUAUAAUUAUCCUCAAAUUUAUUACUUAUCAAAGCACAAACAACGAAUGUGUAAAAACAUGUUUUAAAGUCAGAUGAUUUUGAAUAAUACCUUUCUCCAUCGAUUUUUGUUAACAUCGGCACUGCGUGCAUUAUGAAAAUAAAAAGGGGUACACUAAAUUAUUUGUAGAAAAUAUCAGUAAAAUUUAGACAUUGUAAUUUUUCUUCAAUCAAUCCGAUCGAUCGAUGUAUUGGAGCGGUAAGAAUCCUGAAAACAGAUUUGAAUUCAGCGUGAAUUGUUUGUCUGAGUUCGAUACUGCCCAAGUCACUUUUUUGCACAUUUCAGUUCUUAAUUUCCCAAAAUUUGAUUCGAAAAUUUAAAUAAAUAUAUCUGUCUCAGAUUUAAACAUAUCUAUUUUACCCUUCAUUUUAAAUAUAGUUAAAAAAUUAAUUUCGAUUAUUUUCUUAUGAACUAUUAUCAUUGUCGUAUUUAUAACAUAUAUAAUAAUAAUAUUACAUUAUGUGAAACAAUUUUAUGCAAUAUCGUUAUCGCAAUACGUCUAGUUUAUUGUCUAACACUAUAUAAUAUUAUAUACCUAGUAGGUAUUCAAUACUGUCAUCUCGAUUGAUAUUAUUGUUAAUUGUGGAAUAUUACGCGAUAAAAAUUGCAUUCGAACACUUGUAUUGUAAUUUUUUUUUUUACACGUAAAAUUUGUGAUACGCGCAGCUAUUGUACAUUUAAACACGCAGACUAAAAUAUUAUAAGGUUAUUGACAUUUUUAUUCCCGAUAAAUUCUAAAACGUUCAUCGUGUAAUUGAGUUUAUAAUAACUUAUAGUAAAUUCAUGAAAAUUAUUGGAUGGAUGCGUAACACGAAAAAAUAGAACAAGUAACAACUUAAAAUUCAAUAAAACAUUAACUUUAUUAAAAACGAAAUUCAUCUGUAGUAUAAUUUCAUAUUUGAAAUACUAUAAAAAAAGUACUUAAUUCUAAUAUUCCUCCCCCCACCCCCGUAUGAAACUAAAUAAAAACUUAAAAAACUCAAAAAUAUUAAGUGUCUUCAAUUGAAUCGCAAUAAAAAAACGAAAACGGAAAUACUUAAUGAAAAUAUUAUUACCGUAAACUUUCCUGUUUUGGUCCUGUUUAUCCCAAUUAUUAUGGAAACUACACGGAAAAUCAAAAACAUUAACCUCUUCAACGGACCAACUCAAUCCAAAGUGCUACAUAAAAGUUUUUUUAUAAUUAUUAGAUCGGAACAAAAUUCCUGGUAGAAAAUUUGUUCACAGACAGAAAAAAAAAAUAAUCACACACAUCAUUGUAAAAUAUAUAUAUUCCUCACUGCGCCCAGUAUCUAAAUAAAUAGUAAGUAAAUGUACCGCAUUUGAUGUUUUUAUAAUAGAUAUUGUUCUAUUGUAUGUUUUUUUUUUUUUUCAUGCCGAUAAUAAUAUGUAACAAAAUACCAAUUAGCUAAUGCAUUACUGAUAAUAUCAUUUCUGAGAAAUACAUAACUCCAUUAGCCUAUAUCAUAACAACGAUAGAAUAUUUUCUGAAGAGUAUAUUUAUACCUUACCUAUAUAGGAAAAAAAUACCUAUUCGUAAAAUUUGUUUAGGGACGAGUUUCGUAUCCGUUCAUAAUGGAUUGGUUUUAAUUAAAACAUUACAUAUUAUAUACCGUUUUAAAUAAUAAUACAAUUUAAACAUUUCUGAAAAAAAAUUGCAGUAUAAAAAAUUAGACUUACCUAUAAGUCAAAGUUGGACAGGGAAUUUUAACUAUUAUUUGUUAAAAAAUAAUUUAAAGUUUGGAUUUAUAAUUUACAUUUUAACUAAGCUAGAUUCUUUAUAAAAAAAAAAAACAAAUUGAACGUUAGGUUAUUACUUAGUUAAUUGUUUAAAAUUUGAUUUAUUUCAAAAAAGUUAUUUACAAAUUUUUGUGUUUUUGAUGAAAAUAACCAAAUGGUAUUCUUAACUCGAAUAUUAUUAAAACGUAAGGAUAUUUCUUUGGACGACAAAAUCCAAAAUUCUACUGAACCGAUUAGCGUGAUUUUUUUUUAACGGACGUUUUCUGUGUAUAGAUGAGCUAUUUAAUGAAAAAAAAUCUAAAAAUUGAUUAAUUAAAGUUAUCAGAAAUAUUAGUUUUCCGUUUAGUUACGUAGUGACAUUCUUUGCCUGCGGUGUGCACGCACACAUAUUAUUCUUAAUUUCCAUUACUUCUAUACACCUAUAGUUGCAUUGAAACAAGGAAGAACACUGUCUACUUUUAAUCUCGAAAUUUAAUCCCUAAAAGAUCCUGAUACGGGGAUUUUUAGUAUUUUUCAAACAAAAAUACUAUAACGUUAAUUUAUAUACGUUAGAGUUAUUAUUAAUAUUUUAUUUGUUUUUCAUAGAGAAUUAAUAUUUUUAAAAGAUAAACUACCGGUUAACAACGAUUAACUACGAUUAGGAUCAAGGUAGAAACAGGGUGGAUGAAACACGCCGACUUGAAUUUAUUUUAUUGGUUUUUGUUUUCGAAAGGAUUGAGCCCGGGAAAUACAGCUAGUUAUUUAUCACAUCAUAAGACGGGCGUGUGGCCUAUAGGAUAAUGAAAUAAUAAAAUAUACCUAUUAUAGUACUUAUGAAAUUCGUUUAUUAAGGUCUAUUUUUAAAAUAGUAACUUUAAUUCCCAAUUAGAGUAAUCGAACUAAGCUAAUUCGAUAUUUUUUUUAAGCUUAAACUAUCCAGUCAAAACAAAUGUAUCAACUUGCCCGGCUUUGCUAUAUACUGCUGCAUCAUUUCAUCUAUGUAUGCAUUCGAGAACGAAAAAUAUUAAAUAAUAAAAACUGAAAUAGCCCAGUGUUCUUGGUAAUGUUAAUCAAUAUUUUUGAAAUCGAUAUGGACUCAGUAUAUUUUCGUGAUAUUACUAAAAGCUACGUGUGGGUGGUGUGAUGUUCUGUGCUGCAUGAGAUUCACAACGUCAUCGGACCGUUUUAUUAUUGUACUUUUAGAAAAUUGCAGUGUUGUACCUAAUGCUUAUAACAAUAAUAAAUAUAUAGGUGCAAUUGAAUUGGCUCUCAAAGUUGUGUAAACAAUAUUUUUACCCAUUGAAUCGACUCCCGAAAAUUUGCCCGUUGAACCAACUCAAUUAUUUUGUAAUGUAUUGCCAUGUUGGUUACCAAAAAUGUUUAUAAUUAUGUUCGUUAUUAUUUAAUUAAUUAGAUCAAAUUAACGUGGGAUUUCAUAAUGUUGAUUAUACUGGUUAGCUAAAAAAUUAGUUACCAAAGUUUUUUGAAUAAUCAUUAAUUAGUUUGACAAUGCUGAAUUAAAAUAUGUUACUAGUUUCUUCAAAUUGGCUCGUGUUUUCGAGAUAAUAAUGUAAUAAUCUAUCUAUCUUUAAAUAUUUAAAAACGAAUAUAUUAUUAUGUCUGUUUGUCAUUUAUGCAUUACUACAUCAUUCAUCCGAUCGCUAUAAGAUGUAAUAAGUUAUUCCAUGUUGUCCAGAGAAUGUUUUUUAGCUAUUAAAAUUCACCCCCCCUCCCUAUUGAACACCAUUCCCUAAAUUUGGUCUUUAGGUAUUUUUAGUAUAAAAACCUAAUUAUUUUUAUUGAUUCAUUUGUUACCUUAGUAACAUGGUUGAAAAAAAAACGUUAUUAAUUUAUAUAGUGCAAUCUUUGUGCUGUGCGGGUGUCUAUGGUAAUAAGUAUAUAAUGAUAAUUUAUUUAUUAACUUUAUUUAGAAACUUUUUUAUUACACGGGCAACAUCUGGAGGGACAGCUUAUAGUGUCUUAAAUUCCCAAAAUUAAGAUUAAAUACACACAAUAUUUUUAGACUAUUUAUAAUCUUAUCGUUGAAAUAUAAUUCGGAUUUAUUAUUAUUAUUAGACAUUUAUUUUAUUUACAUCUGAAUAGACGCCACACGGCUUUUGAGAUGAAAAAAGCAAAAUAAAAUACAGAUCUUAAAUAACAGAAACAAGAUAUAACAAAAUUAAUUGAAAUUACAUGUAAAAUUAACAUUAUUAAUUUAGCUGAGCAGAGAAUAUAAUAUACAAUAACAUUUAAACACAUUCGAUAAUAAAUAUGAACUAUGAUGGAAAAGUAUUCAUAACAAAGACAUUAUUUAUAGUUAACACAUUUUUCUAUUGACAGCGAUUAUGUCAGCUCCUAAUAACAUAGCAUUCACAACAAUGAUAAUUCAAAAAUUCUCAUAACAUUCGCUUUUUAAUGGUUGUUAAUUGGUAAUUGCGAAUUAAACUAAAAAAGAGCUAUAGUGAAAAGUUAAUAAAUAUCAAACUUAAUUUUAGAGGGCCGGGAAACCAAGUUCAACUUAACAGAUCAGUUCCAAAUUUUGCACAGCUCUUUAAAUAACACAGCAAAUUUAUGUUUAAGGGGAAAAAAAGUUGUUUUUUUUUUGUUAGAAUUUAACUAUAUAUUUGUUUUUUUAAUAAUUAUAUUAAUUAUUUAAAAAACAAGAGCAAAAUCUGAGACCAGAUUUGGAAUCAGCAGCGAAAUUCCAUACAGAACUCACUAUCAACUUGCUAACCACAAACUUAAUUGUCAGUGUUAUCACUGUUGAGUUAUUUACUAUUACAUUUAAUUCAAAAUUUAAAAAAUAAUUAUAAUUGCUAAUAUGUUUCGUAUAAUAUUGUAUUUACAUCGCUGUUGCACUAUAGUGUCAUAGUUGUGAAUUUAACUAUCGUAAACAUUUUUAUUUAUUUUCAUCUGUUCGGAUAAACUAAAUAAUAAUAAUUAUAAUACAAAUUUAAAUUCUAAUUUCACACCUGAUUAUGAUUAGAUAAUUUUAGGCAGUGAUAAUUUGAAAUAUGUUGAGAAUAACUCGUUAAACUCGUUAAUGGUGUUGGUAGGAUGGUAGCUAGUUCGAUUAUCGACAGUGUAGUUUACCCGAUAUCGGGGUACUUAUGAUCGUAAUUAUAAUACUAUGAAAGAGUUGUUUUUUUUUAAAAAGUUCUAACAAUAAUAAAAAUAUUAUACACGUGAUGGAUUUUCAUUACGAAUCCUCCCACCCUUCUUAGUCGUAUUAUACACGUGACGGAUUUACGUACUUCGGGCUCUUCUCUCCGACCUUCCGCCAGUCCUUCCCACCCACCCCCCUCCAUCCCACUUAUCGGUCUGUCUUUCUUUCGUCGCCGCAACCCGGGUUCACGCCGCACAUUUCGAUGGUAUUUUAUUGAACGUCACGGACGCGUAUCGUGUACGCACAUACGCGAUAUCGCAUUAUAAUAUUAUUACGGUGUACAGGUACCAGGUAUUGUGUUAUUUGCGUUGGCAAAAUGUGUUUGCGAGCGCACUAAUAUUAUCGUAGUAAGUAAUAGUAGUAAACAGUAGUAGUAGUAGUAGUAGUAGUAGUAGUAGUAAUAAUAAAAUAGUGCCUAAUAACAAUAAUAAUAGUAAUAGUAUUGUAAAAUAAAUACGCGCACCGAUAGUGUAAUAACAAUAAUUUGUAUAUUAUUAUUAUUAUUGUUGUUGUUUACAAUAUUGUUAUUAUUACAGUGUUAUUAUUGUCGGUAUAUUUUUCGUCGGAAACAUUAUUGCACUUUCGACGUGCGAUAAGACACAGCAUCCGAUAAGCGGCUCGGAGUAGAGCCGCUGCUGAUGCUCAUUGCUCGUCAUCGUGUAGUACGACAACGACUGGAGCAGAAUAAUAUUUAUUUUUUAUUAUUAUCCCACUAUUUUUUGCCGCGCUGGCCGGCGGCAAGCGAUUACACAAUUAUACGUCGUCGUGUAUACUCGCACAUUAAUAUUGUUAUUAUUAUUUUUAUAAUAACUUGUUAAAAAUUAAAAGUUUUAAUAAAACUGGGUUUUUACGAAGAAAAAAAAAAACAGCUCCGUCCCAUAGCGAAUAAUAUAAUAAUGUACCUACUAUACGCGUGUGUACAUGAUUAUAUUUUUUUUAAUCGUGCCAUUAUACGUAUUUUAUGAAAUUGGCGGCGGUCGUGAACACGCUCACCGCCAAUGGGCGGUACGUGACGGUAAGAGAUGGGGUUUUCGUGACGUCACCCGUUGACGUUCAGCUUUGCUCGGCGCGCGCGAUCCUCCUGAAACUGCUUUCGGUUUCCAAUGUCUCGCGCGUACUACCGCGGCAGUAACAUUCUCGAGCUCAGACGGUUCGACUCCUCCGGUACCGGCCAUUUCGCGUACGUUUUCUAGACGCGCAUCAUAUUAUAUGGACGUAAUAAUAAAUAUUGCGCGUACUACUCGAUCGUAACGCAUAAUAUGUUUUUGCGCCGCUCGUCUAUGUUUGCACACCGUGGAAAAUAUGAAAAUCGUAUACAAUCGUGACGAGUUUUUUCGCCGAUACGAAAUCGCGGGCCGGUCCCGUCAGCGAUACGUACAAAUAUAAAAUUCGUAUUUUAUUUUUAUUGCCUACUCACCUGUGCUGCGAUAACAGUAAUAAUGGGAGUGUUGAUUUUGAACGUGGACACUUGGGUCGCGCCACCGAAAAAAAAAUGGAUAAGACACUAUCUCUUGGGUACCUAUAUAUAGUAUAUAUUGUAUAUUAUAUGACCGUGUCGCGUCCGUGUCGUUACGUCGAAUACUUUUAACGAGUCUAUUUCGGUUUUGGUUUUUUACCGUGACAUUAUAACAUAAUUGUAAUUUAUUAUAAUUAUUGUAUUCGAUAUUAUUAUUAUUGACUAACCGUACCGUCGUUUUGUUGCGUUUCUUUCAGAAGAACCGUUAUCGAAUAGCAAGGAUGCCGUUUACCAUCAACCAGCCUCGGUGACAUUGCCCAGCUCCGAUCUACCGGCGUCGUUGAACCACAUCGAACCGCCGUCCACGCCGCCGAGGCAACAGCAACCUCCUCCGCCGCCGCCGCCCUCUCUGCCGUCGUUACCGCCACAGCCGCAGCAUCAGCAGCAGCACCAUCACCACCAUCAACCUCAGCAGCACCCGCUGCAAUUACACCAGCAAGCCGCCCCCGCUCUAAUACAGCAGCAGCAACAACAACAACAGCAGCAGCAACUUAUCCACCACUAUACGUAUAAACCCACCGUCGCGGCCCCUACCGUCGCCGCCGUCGUAACCACCUGCAACACAACCAACAACGUGAUCGUCGUCAACAAUAACCAUGACGAUAAUGUCGCCGCUCUGUCUUUGGCCCAAGAACUUAAGAGACGCACCGGGUUAGUGUUUUCAUUUAUUAUUAACGGGUAGUUUUUUUAUUUUUCUCGUCGUCGUCGCCGCCGCCGCCGCCGCCGCCGCGCCAUAAUAUCGUAUUUCUCGGAAAUCCAAAUAUAGUUAUUUCAGUGUUAUAAAUAUCGUCCGUUUCUUUGAAUUCUCCGACUUACACGCCGUGUUAUGUUUUCGAAUCACGUAGGUAUAUUAUAUCGACUUGGUACCGAUUCUUCGAAUUUAUAUUUCGUUCUCCGAUCGAUCCACUACACAAUAAUAAUAAUAAUAUUAUAACGUAUUACACCAGAAAGAAUCAUUGCACUUUUUCGGUUAUCUAGUUUUUGUUUGUUUUAAAUUUAUUAUAACGAUAGUAUUAAUUAUGAUAUAGAUUUAGAAAUCAUCCGAACAAAACCCUGUUUUCCUCCGACAAAAACGCCGUCCGUUUAAUGGACGACGAUAUAUAUACGAGUAUAUUGUUGGUGAUUUGGCAUUUCGUUUUUUUUAAAACAAAUGUUUGGCGCCAUAUUGUUAUCGUUUUGUAAGCGUUUAAAAUUCCUACUGAAAAAUAUACGUCUACAUUGUUUUAUUCUUAACCUACCUAUAUAGUUAAUUAGUUAGUAAGAAACGUUAUUAUGUUGAAAAUUAAAUUAUUCACCUAUCGAUUGCCUACCUUUAUCGCACGUUUGCGUUAUAAUACUAUGCCAAUAAUAAAUUUAUGACCUAUAAUUGUAUAAUAAUAUUCAUAAUAUAAAGCUAUAAGUACACGAAAUCGUUAUUUAGAUAAUAAUUUAAAAUGACAGAUUAUAAGCGUAUUUGAUAUUGCGAUUAUCGUUAUGAUCAAAACUGCUGUUGUUCCCGAUUAGAAAUCGGGGUAAACGUACAAACGACAUCCAACGCAUGAUAAUAGCAAAUUAUAGAUUACUGUGUUUAAACUGUAUCGAAAGUUCUCUAGUAGACUGCAACCCGAGUAGACAUAAAUCACAAUCUUCAAAAAAAAAAAAUUAGAUUUGAAUAUUCUAACUAUUAAGUGUCUAUUUUGUACGUGUUUAAAAAUCAGUUUUGAAAAACAAUUUUAGUUUUAAAUGUUUAUAAUCUAUUAUUAUUUUAUAACGUUUAUUUUUUAUUUUCUCUCAUCUCGAUCAGAAAUAAUAACUUUAAUUUUUUACUAUACAAUACAAUAUUAAACAAUCUAGAAAAAAAAAAUACUUUGUUUAAAACAACCAAUUUUAAAUUCCAAGCGCGUAGUGAGGAUUAUAUUGGUUUUAUAAUGAUGUUUAUUUUUAUUUUUUUUAAUUCGAAAAAACUCGAAAAAAUUGGGUUUUUAGGUUAAAAAGAUUUAAAUUAAGGUUGUCAUUGGCAACAUUUUUUAUUUAUUUUUUUGUUAUUAUUAAGUUUGUGAAAACGCACAUUUUUGAAAAAACAAUACUAUGAUUACUUUCUGCUCAGAAUCAUUUUUCGUUAUAAAUGAUUAAUCGUUGUGUACAUAUUGUGUAUAUGUAUAUAUAUAUAUAUAUAUUAAAUUCCCCUCUAUAUCUUACCUUCCCAACUUUUAAACUACAACCGUGCCCCCUUUCACUUUUUAAUAUACUCUAAGCUGUAUUAUAUUCUUAGCUAGAUUCAUCAUUGAGCUCGUCAUAAAUGUGUGCCUUGUAUGCGUUUUCAAAAACGCCUCCCCGUCAUCUUAUCCUGAAUCCACCCCUGGACCCACGAUGUGAAGUAUGUGUAUCUUUUUUAUGUUAGAUAGAUAGAUAGAUAUUUAUUAAACAAAAAAUGAAUAAAUAUAUAGAACACCCCAAAAGGUAAAGGGUAAGAAUACAGUAAGCGAAAAAACAAAAUGUAUCGUUAAAUUGUACAUUAAAUAUUUAAACUAUAAAUAAAGUUUUUAGCUUAGAACAGGAAUCGAAAAAGAAAAUCAAAAUUAUGAUUUUGAUUACACAAUAUUGUAGGCGACACACCAGACUAUUUGAAAAGUAAUUAUUUUUAGAAUGAAGCGUAGCAAAAGUUGUAUUGUAUUAAUUCUAAAGCUAAAAGAAGAUACUUUAAGGCCAAUUUUUUAUAACAAUUCAGGGCAGUCGAUAACACCAUUCAAGAUCCUAUACAUAAAAGAUAUAUCAUAUGCUAACCUGCUAAUUGUUGUUUAUACAUUUUUUUAAACACAGUUUUAUUAAUGUAAUUAUUUUAAACCAAAUGAUUUAAACAUAUAACGUCAACGCGAUAUAAGCACAUUUCACAUUUUUUACAACAUGAUCGAGCAAACAUGCGAUUAAUAAACAAUAGGAAUCUCGAAAUACGCCGACACGGUCGACUGAUCACAAAAAUGGGGGUGCAACUUGUUGCACUCAUUUUUUUUGUUCACUUAUCGAAAUAAAGCACUUAUAUGAACCGUACGAAAUCGUUCCAGUUGGCCCAAAUUAGAUGUAUUGCUCCCAGAAAGUUAGUAUACUAUAAGUGUAAACCAAUGUAAUAGAAUCGGGCAGACGAAAAUCCGUGCGAUAAAGCUACUGAGGAAACCCUGAUGUGAGGGGGUAAAAUUGAGCACAAUAUGAUAAUAUUACCGAGUCUGUGCUCAACAACUGUGUCAUACCGAAACAACCGAACCGGCAUCGUUCAUUAUUCAAGGAAAGCAAAUUUCGUGCGUGCUUAAUAUUGCGUUAUCUCGAAAUAAGCGCCGGAAAAGCGGCCGUGCUCAACCGUGCAACUCCGUUCUAUGAUGUUUGUAGACACAAAACAACGUCCGCGAGAUCGCGGUGUAUGUACGGAACGGAUUUAUUCUGUAAAACACAUGCUGUGUUAUUGUUGCCGAAUUCAAUCUUGUAUUAUAAUAUUUAAUUUUAGUAUUCGAUUCCGACCGCGUGAAAACAAAGUCGUCUAUAUUUGUUAUAACAUAGAUAACAUAGUAAUCGUUGAGAAAAAAAAAAUAGUGUGUGUAACGGUUUUUUUCUUCUUCUGUAUAAAAUAAAAUAUUAUAUUACAUUAAAAGUGUCGUUUUAGAUCUGGCACCAGAGAGGUACACAACAAAUUGGAGAAGAACCGUCGCGCACACCUCAAAGAAUGUUUCGAGCUGCUCAAGAAACAAGUACCCGCGUCUCAAGACGAGAAAAAGACUUCGAACCUGAGUAUACUCAGGAGUGCAAUCCGGUAUAUUCAGGUAAGCCCGAUAUCUAUAAAUAAAUAUUUUUAUUACUUGAAAAUAAUAAAUAAAUUACGCGUCUAUCCGCCACUUAUAUGUAUAUAUAUUAUUUAAGUGUUUAGGAUAUUAUACCCUCCUCCCUUCGGUAUUUUCCCACAGAUUAUAAUUAAUAUUCGAUUGUGUAUAUAGGUACCUGUUUUUGUUUCAAAAUCCGUCGCGUAUCUGUGAUAUCUAAUAGUUUUUACGUGAUAAUUCAUGAGCAACCAUAUAAUUAUACAGAUUCUAUUAUUAUUAUUAUUUUAUUCAGUGAUUUUCACUGAGGAUUUUAAGUAGAUUUGGUUUCUUUUUUAACUAUACGGAAUUGUUUGAGCUUUGUUUUAAAAUUGUUAUUCUUACUCCUUAUCACCCCCCCCCACACACACACACACACACACACACUCCUUUCAUCAUAGAUAAAAUUAAUAUAGGAUUUACCGUUUAUGUAAAAUAAAUUUAUGAGUUACUGAACAGUUUAUAGAAUGUAGACCGGAUGAGUAGGAAACGGUAAUAAAUCAAUCAUAAUAAUGCCGGUACUAGAACCUAACGCAUUUUGAGUAAAUUUGAUUGUUAAGGGGUUUUUUAUAUGAUUUAAAAAUGUGCGCGCACGUUUCCCCCGUAUACUGGUAUGCCAUAUUAUAAACUAUAGAAGUUGGCACACUUUUCUAUAAUAAUAUAUUGUUUAAUGUUUCGCGGAAGGUCAUUUGUUAAAUAACCAGACGCUGACAUCGUCAGUGGCCUCGUGUGUUUUUCAGCCUAGAUCAACGAUAUAUAAGUAUAGGUAAUCUCACGAUGGAACAUGGAGAGCGGGUGGGAAGGGAGAUGAAAAACUUUAGGUUUGAAUAAAGCACAUUCACCUUAUAAUAUACAAAGUGAAUAAUACAGCAUAAGACACUUGUUAUACCACGAAAUGUUUAAGAAAUAAACAACUCUAAAAUAAAACGUCACAUACCUUUAUUUUUAUCACCCAUUAUUUUCGGGGAUGAAACCACUAUCACAUUUUGAUUUUAAAACGCAACAAUGCCGCAUAAAUAAACGAAGUUUUAGUGUAAUUACGUUUUUGUGCGGCCCUUUUUUUUUUUAAUUUCCGUGAACUAUUGAUCACCCGAAAUACUUAUUAAAUAUACAAAUUAUAUAGUGUUGUUGUAUUUUAAAUGUUUUGCUUUGUCGGUUUUUUUUUUAUUCCGUCGUCUCCAAGCGUCCAUAGAAAAAUCGCCAUGUAUAAUAAUAAUAUUAUGAUUAUACGAGUACAAACACGACACUUAAACUUUUGGAACAUUGUUCGGUUUUUUCUUUUUUCAAAUUGUGUGUGUGUGUGUGUGUGUGUGUUUACAAUCGCUUCUUAUAAUAUUAAUACAUUGGUUGUCGUUUAUUUAUUUUAAAAACAUUUUUUUUUUCUGGUAAAAGUAUAAGCGUGCGGUUUUAAUAUUUUAUUAUUAUUAUUAUUAUUAUAAUAGAAGAUUGACACCUCACGACGCUUAAGGCCUCCCCUAUUAUAUAUUUACGUGCUCUUACGCUUAUUAUUUUUAUAUCUAUGCAUAGUAAAACGACGUCCUUGAACGAUUUGCGCGGUGUUGAGCCGUGUGUCUACAAUGAUAAUAUUAACGUCGUCGUGUACGGAAUACGCUUAUAAGGUCGACUUCUCUCCCAGCGACCGAAAAAUUUGUUGUUUUUUUCUUCAUUCAAUGUCGCGCAGUACGUUUAUUGUAACAAAACUUUUUAAAGAUCUCCCGUCUCUGUUUAUUCAAAUUCAAUCGUCUUUGUUCUGUUCUCCUCGUUUACCUCCCCUCCUCCUACUCCGCGUUACAUUCGGACGGAUAAUAUUAAAUACCUACUGUAUCCAUCAUCGAGAGCUUUAGUUUUUUCUUACAGCGUAUUAAUGUUCGCGGUAACGGAAUAAUUUAAAUUUUAAAUUGUUCAAAAAUAUUGAUGUUAUUAUUGAUGAUUUGAAAAAACCGUAUAAUAUUAAUUCAAUCUGUAUUAGCCUUUUUUUAAUAUACACAUUGAUGCUUCUAAAAUUAACGAGGAACCCAAAAUACCACGAUUACCCAGUGAGAUUUCCAAAUGACGAUUCGUUUGGAAUUAUUUUCCUGUAAGUGGUUUGCGGAGUCUUAGUUAUUUUUUUACAUUUGAAUUGAAUAUAUGCACUAGUUAAAAAAUGUCUAUUGCCACGUCAUUUUUACACGAUUUUGACGCUUAAGUUUAAUGUCAUCAAAAUGAAUACAUGUGUAUCGGGUAAUUCAUUUAAAUGGGUACACUCAUUAUCUCGGAAAGUAUUAACUAUUUUCGAAAUUUUUAUUCUAGAACAUUUAAGAAACAACUAGCUUUACAAUUUUAUAUUUAUGUUAUUUUUUCUAACCUUUAUUUUUGAGGUUAAAACUACUACCUAAUUUUGAUUUUAAAAUGGCAAUUUAUAUUAAAAAUUUCAUAAAUAGAUGGAAUAUUUAGUUAAAAUAAAUUUGAGUGUUAAAAUUUUUUGUUUCUGUUAAGCCGUUGAUAAAAUAUUCUACUUUUCAUUUUAAGUUGGAGGAGAGUAGUGCACUAAUAACACGUCGCACGCCGUACAAAUGACAUUCCACUACUCUCCUCCAACCCAAACUUAAAAGUGGAAUAUCUCGUUAACGGAUCAAUGGAAAUUAAAAAACACUAAAAUUGAUUUCAACUAAUACUCCAUCUAUUUAUGGACUUUUUAUUUAGGUGACUGUUUGAAAAUCAAAAAUAGGUAGUAGUUUUACCCCCAAAAAUAAGGGUAAAAUAAUAACAUAAAUAUAAAAUUGUAGAGCAGCUUAUUCCUUAAAUGUUCUUAAAAACAAAUUCCUGAAAAAGUUUAUACUUUCCGAAAUAAUGAAUGUACCCACUUAAAUGAAUCACUUGGUAUAAGGAACAUUUAUUUUUAAAUAGACGCAAAUAUUCAAAGAGUAUAUUUAAAAAACAAGUUUUGAAUUAAAAAAAAAGUUAAAAAAUUCGGACACCCCACUGAGUACACAUUAGUUUCCUCGUUCGUUUAAGAAAUAUUAUUAUGUGUAUUCCGACAAAUCGGACGAUUUCUUUCCGGUCGUCGUUAUUCAAUCAGCUACUCGAGGCUAUAUUAAAAAAUAUAUAAUACCUAAUUUUCAACGUUCUUGUUCGUUAGUAUUGUUUCAGAUUCUGAGCGCUUUCAGAAAUGUAUUGAUUUUACUACGAUUUGCUUCUUUUUUCUCUUCUUUGAAUGAUUUUCUACAAGAAAUCUUGCUCUGAUCAUCAACUGUAAAACAACAUUUUAUCUAAAAGCAAAUUUUGUCAAGUUGGUGUAUUGGGGAGAUUAUUUUUUAAUUUUCUUAGUUUUCUGAAUAAUUGGGAAAAAAACGAGAAAAUUUACGCGAUAACGGUUUUCGUUUCUUUUGUUAUCCCAGUUAAAAAUAAUCGUAGAGAUGUAAAAUAUUCUAGACAAUUUAGCUAACAGAUAUAAAUUAAAUUGGCCCUAUAUUAUGUCCUACAUUACUAACUUCCCAUUUACAAAAGAGCAGUACACCCGUUAGCAGUAAAUCAGCCCCCUAUUUUUUGUAUUCUUGUAUAUAGUUUGUAUACGCAAUAAUAAUAUUAUUACGAUUUAAAAGAAAUAUAUAAUAAAAUAAUUGCAUCGUUCGUUCGCUUUUGUGUUCUGCCCUGCACGUGUAUUCUCUUUCCGAAGAUCGAAAUUAAUUUAUUAAAAAAUGCCUGAGUGUUUUUUUCCGACUCCCCUCAACCCCUUGUUUCGCCGAUACGUCCGCGUUCGCGCAAUGUUAUCCACAUGGUUCACAUGUGCGUAACCAUGACCUACAGUCAACGGCGGCGACGGUUUUUACACGCACAUUUUACACACACCAUGCACCUCGUGUGCACUUGAUAUACAGGGUGGCUCUUUAUUUGUAUUUUUUAGAACUAUAGGAAAUCUUUACGAAACAAAUCGUGUUUUCUAAUUAUUGAACCAGUAGAAUAUUGUUUUUACCUUUCAAAUGACUAAAACUUGUUUAUUAUUUAAAUAUAAAUGGUGACUUUCAAGCGAUAAAAAAAAAAAAGGAAAAACUUACAACCGCCGCCGUACGUUUAAUAAAUAAUUAACAAUACCAUGACUCGUCCCCUUUUUGUGUGCGUAGUAACGGAAUAAAUAUUAUUUUAUACAUAUUUUAAAUUGUCAUAAAAAAAAAAACGCAGGCACCCCUCGAGCCACCUACACAAUUAAAUACCUAAAUCAAUACAUUUUCUACGCUAGACUGUGCAUUUUGUAUGCAUUUUGACUUAUAAUCUUAUUACACUUAUGGUCCGUUUUACACUAGUAAUUUGAACUCGGUUUGGAAUUUAAACUUGAUUCAAAUCGAAAAGACCAUUUUACAAUAUUGUCGUAAUCUUGAUUUGAUCAAUUUAAUUAGUAGACAUUUGAUUAUGCGUCAAUUUCGACGAGUUUAUCAAAGUUAAUUCUCUGUAAUAUGUUAUUAAUGUUUACGUUUGUAUUAUUUUUUAAAAUAAUUAAAUUUAAUCGUAAUGAAUCGAAAAUUCUAUAAACUCCUUUAUAAACCUAUAAUAUUGUUUAUGUUAUUUACAUAAGUAUCUUUUUUAAUUAUGUUUAUAUUAGUACCUACCUAAUUGACGAAUAUUUGAAUAAUAACGAUCAACGAAUUUUUACAUCAUAUUCAUAGAUUAUAAUAUACUAUUAAAUUAUAUCAUAAGUGUAUAACUUAAGGAAUAUCUAGUAGAACUGUAUUGUGUAUUAUAAGUAGUGGUAAAAAUCGGCAAAAAAAAUAAAAUAAAAAAAAACAAUGAUUUAGUCGAACCGAAUAAAAUCUGCGAUUGUCAUACCGACAAUCAGUUGAUUAGACUUGAUUAAUUGACAAGAGUCAGAUGAUAACCCAAGCUCAGCUAACUGACCUCAAAUUAAACCAAGGUUUAUAAAACGUGUUUUCAUUUGAUUUCUGCUCUUUUUGGUUUAAUGAAUGUAUUGUGAACAAAAUAUCGUCAGUUGGCUACAGUAGUUAAUUAUUUUAUAAAUUUGUUGACAUUUUUAUUUCACUAUUAUCGUCAACGAGAGUUUAUAAUUUCGAUUUAACAAAGAAAACUGAAUUAUCUGUAUUCGUAUACCCAUAGUUUUGGACAACCCAAAGUCUGACUGUAUGAUAUUUUGGCCGGGAAAAUCCCUGGCCCAUGUCAUUUCUUCAUCCUAAAAUUAUGUCAACUAUGAAUUAAUAAUAAAUAAUAAUGUACAAGUAUAAUAUAGGCAAAUUAAAAAUAUUAGUAAAAAAACGAACAUAUCUGGGCACUAAUAACUGAAUAAUUAUACCAUGAUCCUAAUUUCAGUUGAUCUUCAAAGUUCUGAUAGUGAUAGACGGUCAUUCGGAAGUGGACUGCUGUUCAAAACAAUUUUAUAUAUUUACUUAAAUAAUAGGCCAAACUAGAAAAUAUCAAAUCGUUAUUAAUAGCUCAAAAAUGUGCAAAAUGUUUUAUACCACAUUUAGAAAGUACUAUAUGAUAGUUUCAGGUUUUACGAUUAUUUCUAACCAAAUUACAAUAAAAUCGAAAAGUAACAGUUAUUGUGUAAUUGUUUUAGUUUUACCCAAUUAUUCUGAAAACUUUUAGUGAAAUCAAAAAAUGACCGCCCAAUGCACAAACUUAAUAAAAUUUGAUACCAGAAACUUAAAAGACGAUGUUAGCCUAGAAUAUAUGUAUUUCAUAUUAUAUUUUAUAGUUAAUUCAUUUCGAUUUUAAAAAUAGGUACCUACUCGUAUGAUGCGUUAUUUUUUUUUGUAAUAUUUUAAUCAGUCUAAUUUGAUCAUAAACAAUUGUCUGCGAAAGUAUCUAUUGUGUUUCGAAAAAGUUACCCUACAUUUGGUACCACCAAUAUUAUGUUUCGGUUAUUAGAACCUUAUGUUUUAAUUUUUAAAGUGAUCCAACAAAAAACUGGUUUUAGCGUAGUCGUCAAAGAACUGGUAUCGAUGUAAUUUGUUCUGCAGACAAAAUAAAUAAAAUCUCAUAUAAAUUCGUUUAUAAUUAUGAUAAUAUACUAGCAUUAAGUUUGUUGUUUAAAUUCCGCCGUAUGAUAAAUUCCAUGUCAAUUAUAAUGUAGUGUGGGUACCACGUUUCCCGUGCAUACGUGUAAUCUUUUGAUAUAUUAUAAUAUUAUAUUAUCUAUAUUAAGUAACUACUUAUACGUGUGAAAUGUGAAACGGUUAUUUAUUAUGAAUUCGCACUUCACAGUAAUACAUAAUACCUAUACUUAAUACAAAUAAAAUUAAUAUAAUCUAUGAUGUCUGAUGUCUAUGUCUUUCAGGUGUUGAGACGAAGAGAAAGAGAAUUGGAACACGAGAUGGAAAGACUGGCUAGGGACAAGAUUUGGGCCCAACAGAGGCAUGCUUCUCUUAAAAAAGAAUUGGCCGCCAAGUGGGAUCACAUAGAUUUCAGCAAACUGUUGCCGGACUUGCCACCGGACGGGAUGACUAGGAAGAAUGCGAGUGAGUGUCACGUUUUUUAUUCUCUACGCGAUGAAUGUCGAUUGUUAAUUUUGUUUAUUUUUACGAUUAAUUGUUUUUGUCUGCAGUAACCACCAGCAUAAACGGAGAUUUCGAGACAGAAAGGGACGCUAGCAUGGUGACUAGCGACGCGGACGACAGUAAACUCAGUGCUCUGUACAGUAGUACAUCAUCGCUGUCCAGUUCCUCUCCGCCCACUCUGCCGCUUGUCUCCGACAUUACUCCCCAUCAAGUGAAAGUCGUCAGCACGUCACCAAUGAUGGGGAGCACCAUUCACAUAGUUCCUCAGACCAGAAACUCGUCUUCGUUACCCUGCAACACUUUGCAACAGCAAACCCUCACAUUUGUCCAUCACAAAGACGCUUUGAGUGAGUGAACACCCUCAGUAGUAUAUAGUUAUAACGAAAUAUGUUCUAUAGUAUAGACGAAUUAGGAAAAAGUUCAAAUAUUGUCUGAUCAUAAAACUAUUGGCCAAGUUAGGUUAAAAUUAAUUAAUACAAAUAAAAUAGUAUUGUUAUAUUAUUCAUAGAAAUAUCCAUAUUAAUUCUUUAAAACUAUAAAUAGAUAUGCAUAUCUUUUAGAUUCUGAAUGGAGCAAGGAAUAUAUUGGUUUUUCAAUACAAUUGAUUUUUAUUUUUGUUCUUUUUAUAUAUAUAUAUAUAUAUAUAGAAUUUUGUACAAUAUGUAUAUAUAUACUGUACAAAAUUCUAUUAGAAAUCUCUCUUCUAUGUUUGAAGUGAAGCAUUUUUUCUGAAAGAGAAUUUUAUCUAGUUGGUACUUUGAGAAGAUCAUUUUUUGAUUUUCUAAGCAGUUAGCCAUAAUAUUGGUGAAAAACCGAGAAAAAUUAUAGGAAAAAAGGGCAAUUUAUAAAAUAAUGCUUUUAUUAUUUUCAGUUUUGUUUUUUUUUUUUUGUUGUUGUAAUUCAAUUCAUAAUGUUUGUAGACUUAAAAUUUGGAGAGAAAAUUUAUAUUGGACUUUUUUAGACUCGGAAAAAUGUUCAAAACAUUUGAUCCAUUUUUGAGUUAUUUAGACAUUUUUAUUUUUAUUCAGUAGGUACUCUGUAGAUGAAAUUGUUAGACCAAACAAAAAUGCUUAAAAAUUUUACGUAGUAUUUUUAUUUUUUAUAAAAAUUUUAAUAUUUUGACGAAAUUUGUAAUUAUUAUGUCCUAUAUAUAUUCAAUUCCCCUCUGUAUUUUCUACCUUCUCAACUUCUCACCUACAAUAUAGUAUAGUAGCCCACCCAUCAUUGGAGAAUAUGUAAGUCUUUUUUAAUUUAAUUUAUUUAUUAUUUUAUUUUAAGUAUGUAACCUAAUAUUAUGGUGUUACACCAGGUCAUUAAUUUUUUUUUUACGAUCGGAUUUAUUGGGCCACUAUAUAAACGAACCAUUAAAAAUUUUUGAAAGUUCAUAACUAGUCACUACUUAAUUACCAUUAUCUGGUUAGGGAUUGAUUUACUACUGAUUUUGUCACUGAGAAAAGUAAUUACAUUAAACAUUGAUAAUACAUUAACUUAUUGUCAUCAAUCUACUUUAUAUUGUCUAUUAAUUCUGUAAUAUAUUGAAUUUUCAUAUUUUUAAAAAUACACAAAACCAUAAGAAUACAAAUUUACUGUGAUUUUUAUUUUUUGUUAUUUUUUUUUUCUGAAAGGAAAUUUGAUUAGGAUGGUACUUUAGGGAGGUAAUUAUUUUUAUUUUUCUAGGGUUUUUCAUAAUAAAUAGGAAAAAACUUAGGAAAAAAGGAAAAAUUUACAAAAUUUAAUAUUUUCAAAUCAUAAAUAUUAUGGUUUUUCAAAACAUGUAAACCAAACUCCACUCAGAAUCGUUUUUCCUAAGCAAUGAUUAAUUGUUGUGUUUAGAUAUACAUUAAAUUUUCUCUCUACCUUCCCAACUUCUCAUCUACAACAGUCACCCACCCAUCGCCAGUAUGUCUUUUUCUUAUACAUUGGAAUACAAUACCAUUUAAUUUUCAGAUCAACAGGAUAGUACUCAAGCAGUAUUGACUAAGGUGUCGAAUGGCUCAUUUACUUUGUACGGUGACCCAAAACUAACGCCCAAUCGUUCCAAAGUGUCUUUAGCAGGUAUAUUGUAAAUUAUUAUGUUGGAUUAUAUUUUGUUUAAUUUUUUUUUUUCUCCUCAGGCAUUAAGAUAGGUACUAGUGUGAUUGAUCAUUCCAACAACACAACGACGUCUGCACCAAUCAGAUUGUUGCAAAAUAAUAUUAUAGCGUCACAAACAUCAGGUAAACGUUUUUUAAUAGUCUUCUAAAUCGACAUGUGAAUUGUAUUGAUUUUAUUCUCUUUACUAAUUAUAUUCCAGUUGUAAAUAGAGGGCCGCCCACUCCAAAUCAUGUCAUAACUCGGCCGUUACUCCUAACUCAUCAUACUAAUUCUUCUCCAGCUCAUUUAGUACUAUCUACAGCUUCUUCUAAGGUAUAUUAAUGUGGUUAUACAUUACCUAAAAUAUAUCAAUUAAGGCAUAAUAUGUUUUCGUAUUUUACAGGCGGUAACAAUUCCAAAUCAGCAAUUACCACCACUCUCAAAUGGCCAUCUUUUAGUCAAGCCAAGUGCAAUGGUGGUUAUGAACAGCUCACAGCCGAAAUCGCAUCAUUCCGGCCACAAAGCAUAGCAUUCACCGAUCCUUAUGUUUAAUUAUAUGAACUAUUGUACAAUAAUACUAAUUUUUGGGGUUUUUGGUAAUAACAGCGUAUAAAAAUAGUUUUAAUAAUGGUUUAAAUAAUAAAAAAAAACUAUUUGUACCAUGUAAUAUUUAUAUAGAUUAUAAUGAAAUUAUUUUAUUAUAUUUAUUAUUUCAAAAACCUGACAUCUUUAAAACCUAUUGUAAAUACUAUAGUUUUAAUUUUAUUUAUAAAAAUUGAAAAAAAAAACCACAAUAAAAAAUUAUUAUCGUAAUUAAAUAUAUUUGUCAUAAUGACAACUUUGUUCGUCGUGUAUGUGUAUAAUUUUAAUUACCACAUUAAUAUUUUGAUACAGGUUGUUAUAUUUUGAUUUACUGAAAAUGUAUAGCAUGAGAUAUCUCAGUUAAAGAAUGUUGAGCUUUAAUAAAAAGUUAACAGUUGUCCUUUUUUUUUAUUUGGAAUGCGUGUUGACUAAGAUUAAGCUGAAUUUAUAAUUAUUAUUUAUUUUAUAAUAUAUUUUUACAAAAAAAAUUGAAGUUAUGUUUAAUUUACUUAUAAGCCACAUAAGUCACUCAAAUCAUGUAUAUUAAAAACUAAAUCAAAUGUUAUUAAAUAUUAGGCUUGCCACACUAAAUUAAAAUGUCAAAUUAAUUUUUUAAACAUUUUAGUUUUUCUACAAUGUGUUGUUUUUUUCUGUCUGUAAACAAUUUUUACCAGAAAUAUUGCUC